AUGUAUGAAGGGGCUGAGACAGUGCGAGAGCUACUGAAGGUAGCAAAGGAGUCCAUUCCACCCACUCAUUGGGAGAAAACUCCUGUGGUACUAAAGGCUACUGCUGGAUUGCGACUUCUGCCAGAAGAAAAAUCACAGGCCUUACUCUCUGAGGUGAAGGAGAUCUUUGAAGAAUCACCAUUUCUGGUUCCAGACGAGAGUGUUUCAAUAAUGAAUGGAACAUAUGAAGGUAUUUUAGCUUGGAUUACCAUCAACUUUCUAACAGCUCGGUUGCAUAACACCAACAGGGGGCCUGUGGGAACACUGGAUCUGGGAGGAGCAUCUACUCAGAUAACAUUUCUGCCACAGUCACAAAACACCGUUUUGGAAGCACCAGAAAAUUACCUGUCUUCAUUUGAAAUGUUUAACAGAACAUACAGGCUAUAUACGCACAGUUACCUCGGCUUUGGAUUAAAAGUAGCAAGGCUGGCAGUUCUGGGUGCUCUAGACAGACAUGAGAAAGGACACAUUUACUCUAGUUCCUGCCUUCCUAAAGGUACCAGAGCUACAUGGAUGUUUGGUGGAAGUACUUACAGAUAUGGAGGAGAUGAAAAGGGUGUGACUGGUUUUCAGACAUGCUACUCAGAAGUUGCAAAAGUGGUCAGAGGAAAUCUUCAUCAACCAGAAGAGAUUGCAAGUAGCACUUUCUAUGCCUUUUCCUAUUAUUAUGACCGAGCUGUGGAUACAGGGCUUAUAGAUAAUGAAAGAGGAGGAGUAAUAGAAGUAAAAGAUUUUGAACGGAAAGCAAAAGAAGUAUGCAAUAAUUUGACAAAUUACAAGAGAGCAAGCCCCUUUUUGUGCAUGGACCUUUCCUAUAUUACAGCCCUGCUGAAAGAAGGUUUUGGUUUUCACGAGGAUUCGAUUAUACGGCUAUCAAAGAAAGUCAACAAUGUGGAGGCCAGCUGGGCACUGGGUGCAACGUUUCAUCUGCUACAGUCUCUCAAGUCCCAACACUAAUUCAGGAAUGGGGGUAGUACUUCCCAUUUGGGUGAGCGGGCAUCUCAAGUGGAAUUUUAUAGGGGCAGCAGAGUUCUAAGGCUCCAUCUUUCAGAUUUUUAAUACCACAACACUGAUAAUGACAUCAGAUGACAAACAGUGCAGACAUAACUGGAUAAAGGGGUAUCUUGGACAAAUGUGUGAGGGAAUUUAGUAGUAAUCUGCCACAAGCCAUUAAUAACAAACAUCCAUUUAAGUAGGCAGUACUGUGGAUGGAGUCUUGGGUAGCUUCUCUGCAAUGUUAAAUGCUGCUUUCAUACCGUGGUUCUCUCAACACUCUCGGUAAAUUGAGUACAAUACCAAACCUAACUUUUGAAACACAUACUGAAAAGAAAACAGAAGGCAUUUGUGCACUGGGACUACCUUUCUGCUGUUAAUCUCUUAGUAGGCAGCUGUAGUUAUUAUAGCCUGGAGAUUUUUGCUGAAUCAUUUUUGUGAUAUGACAACUGGGUUUUGCCACUGUUGCUGAAUUCCUUAGUAUUUUACACUAGCAUUUUGUGGAAAAUGCCAUCUUUAGCACCAUUUAAGUGGGUAGAAAGAACACUGAGGCACUGUAUCUUCCAUACUGUAGUCCCUUAUUUACCAUCCAUUUCCAUUGGUAUUCUAGGAGGUGCUUGUAGAAGCUGAAUCCACAACUUUUUUUUUAAAUAAUGGAUGAUCUUGAAUAGCAUCCAAGAGGGAAGUGAACAACAAAUUAUGAAACCUGUACACUGAACCAGAUGUAGAGAUGCUGUUACACCUUCAUGUGUUAUAAUUGUUAUAACCAGGAAUGCAGUUUACAUGUAUUUGUAAUUUUGCUACAUUGUUACUGGCACCCAAUACUUGCAGGUAACUCUUACAGACAUGUAGAGUAGAUAAUUUACCAUUUGCUUGUACACCGUCUAAUUUCAUCCUAAACCACAAAAUGCCACCGGUGUGUACACAUUUGCUGGGACACACUAUACCAGCCAUUCAGUUUGGGGUGGGGGUGUGUACUUAAUGUGCAAUAUAACAUGGAUCCAACCUUCUGGUGUUUCAUCUGGACAUUUCUUGUUCUGAGUACCCACAUGAAAUACCAGCCGGUACACAGAACAAGAAAUAUCUGAAGGUCAUCAGCAUUACAUAAACAGAAAACUAUACAAAGUAUGUCUAUUUUGUUAGCUACAGAGAUUUUUUAUAAGUACAGUGGAUUUUUGUGCAGGUGAUGUAUAGACAUCAAUCUGUUAUUUUAUUACAAUUCCAUAACAGGGCACUCUCAUUCCAUUUGAUUUUAUAGCUUGUGAUUUUAACACAAGAUCUUUACUUGAAAUGCAUUUUUAUGUCUUCAGGUCACAUUUAUGGAACUUGACCAUAGGGAAUGUUACAGUCUUCUGUUUAAUAGCAGCAGUCCAUAGUGGGUUGUCGCCAUUAUAUCAAGAUGUGUGUGGCUGCUUUAUGAGAAGUAGCCUGUUCACUAUCUACAUGCUCAUACUGUCUCUGUCAGAAAGUGUAUAUCCUAAUAGUCUCCUUUUUCUGCCAUUAUUGUUACAAAACCAAGUCUGUUCUUGGCGGUGGCUACACCAGUAUUUGCUGCUUCAUUCCCAGCUGCAUUUCAUAUGCAGUGGCUGCAAGUCAUUUAACUAGUUUUUACUUCUAGUGGUGUAAGUCUUCCUGGUGGAACAAUGGUGGCUAGUUUGAAAACCAUAAGGGGACUGAGGAUUUGGCAGCUGUUCCUCUGCAACAUGAUUCUUGGGCCUUAGUAUUUUCACAGGUGGAAUUCUUUUGUCCCAUUCACCAUGUGUGUCUCUGCAUCCAGUCACUGUCAGCACUCAGCUUCAUCAGCAGUAGAGAUAGACAGACCCUGUGGGUGAGAGCACUAAAGACAAAGAUGACAAGUCUGUUAAAAAUGGAGCAUCACAGCCAAAGGCGCAGACGUUGGGCUGGGAAAAAAAACUUUUGUCAUUUGUAUGUGCAGGCCAUGCAGCCACACUGCAGAAGAGCUAGGUAACAGAGUGCAUGGGCUGACAUUCAGUGUGCACACCCUGGGGCAAAAUCUGCCUGCAGGAAGGAGGUAGGAACAGCUACAGCAUCAAAAGCAACAAGAGCAUAGUCAUACCAAGUUGACAGGGUUGCACAUGGUAACACAGAGUGGAAGUAGUCACAGAACUACACCAUAAGACUCUGGCACCAAAGGGAAUGCAGAUUAAGGAUGGGCAAACACAAGACUGUUGGGGAGUGAAAUGUACACCAUUAACAACAAGCAGCCAGCAACUCUGUGUACAGCAGCAGGGCCAGCCGGGAGUAUACUGGAUACAAACAGGGGAUAUGAUGAGUUGGCAGGACAGUGAUGGAUGGCUACACAUGCUUUUCUUUAAUGCAUAAUGUUAACAAAACCUAGCAGUGUACCUUUUUUAAACUGGGUAAGCCCACUGUACAAAAGUGUCCCUUUUCAGAGGUGAUCCAGGAGCACUGUCUGCUUACAUGACAUGCUUUUUCACACAGUUUGUAGAUGAAAAUAGAUUAAUUCAAACAGGACAGAGCUCAUUAAAUGAACAUUACCUUAUUCCUAUGAGUAAAACUAAAACCAGACAUUCUUCACUGCAUUGCUGCAAAAAUAAUAAUAAUAUUGAAUUGUGUAGGUUUUUCACUAAGUUCAAUAGAUGUGACCUGAGAAAAGAUAUUACAUCAAAGAGUUUCAAUUGCAUUAAAUUAAUGAAUAAGUUAGUUCUGUAUAGCCUGUCUGUUGUAGUUUGAACUUUAUCAUGCCUUGUGCAAAGGGACAAAGGUACGAACAGGUCCUGACUCAGUCCACUUCAUGGAAAUAUGUGAUGCUUUUCCUUUCUAAAAACCAUUAGGUUGGAUAAGCACUUAUGAUUCACAGUGUGUUUUAACUGAAAAGUGCAUUAUACUAAAAUAAGUAUAUGUGCAAUGAACUCUGGAUCUGUAAAUGGGAAGAAUCCACCACAUGGGGCAGAUGGAGCUGUGCCUUCCGCCCUUUGGUGAGAAAAUCCAUUUUAGUCUAAUGCAUUUUUCAGACUGUAUUGGGAAAUAUUGACAUUCGGUUAUAUUUAUUAGAGCUGUCCUGUCCUCAUACUCUUUGCCUUUUUCUGUGAUUUUGAAGAGGAAGAGGCUGCAGUUUUCUGAAGAAUGGCUGUUGGUCCCAAUGAUUAUUGUAAAGAGGCAGUUGAAUUUAAAGUCAAGACUGGUGGUUUUAUUAAUUCAUAUUAAGGAAUGACAAAGGAAUCUGUUAUGGUGAGAUACUAAUUCUUGUAGUGGACUGGUUAGCAUCUCAUGUAAUGGACUUGAUGGGAGCCUGGUAUAAUUAAAAUCUCAAAGAACUCUCAAGUCGCAAGUACUGGGAUCUUAGAGGACUCGCAAGUCGUGAGUACUGAGAUCUUAGAGGACUCACAAGUCAUGAGUACUGAAAUAAAACAUGACUGUACAGCUUAUAAAAGUAUAACAAGAAUUAUCUCCUGUUUAUUUUGAUACGGAAAUGCAGACCCUGAAUCAUCUGUGUCAGAAACCGAUGGUGCCACCAGUUCAGUCUGCACCUGUGAGACCUGUACUCUGUGAAUCCAGAUCAGCUUUAUUUUUGGGAAAAUGUUAAGGAGAUAAACCAGUGAAGUAAAACUGAUUGAAUUUCUGCCAGUUACAUGGCACCAAGAACCAUUUGCACAAGAUUUCUUUAUGAAGUGUGAUACUGUACUAGUACACUGCAGCUGCCUUUUGCAAUUUCAUGGAAAAUUUCCUCAUAAUUCUUGAAGGUACCUAUAGGCAUUUCAUAUUGCAUGACAUUUUGAUUAUUUAUAUGUAUUUGUAAUGCGUAGAAAAGUCAUGAUUCACAAGCACUUAUUGGUUUAAUUUAUUGUAGUAUAAGCCUUUGUUCAGAAAUAUUUAACAGUGCAAUAGAAGUUUCAGGGUUUUAAUCUUCCUGGAUCAGAGCUUUGCUGGUUAUCUUUACACUGGAGUGCAUUAACAUCCUGCAAAAUUAAGCUUGCAUUAUGGCAACAGGAGGCUGACUUAUGGCAAGUGGGGUAUCUUCGCUUCAGCUUUAACUGCCUCACUUCCAGUGUCCCCACUGCCAGCUUUGCUUAACACAGAUCAUGUUUUAAAAAACAGUGUAGUACAAUUUUUUGUCUCAUCUUUGUGUUUUAUUUCUUUUUAAACUGCUAUCAUAGUAGACACAGCUGUUCAUGGUGAAAUUAGGAAGCCAUAAAGUAAAUGUGUUUCCAAUAAGGGGUUUCUGUCUGAUCCACUGCACUGAAUGAACUAUUAAUUAGUUGAAGGGUUAGCUCAUUGGUGUUUUGACACUGACAAAGGCACAGUUCUUGUUUGAAAAAAAAGUUACAUUCUUGUUUUGCCUUAAGAAUGUUCACCAUUCCACAUCAGGAUUAUUUUAAAACAAACCCAGUCAUAGUUUGAGGUCACCCUCCACUGCUGUGCCUAAAGGGUCUGUACUUCCAUCUCCUAGGUUUCCUGUUAUUUCUGUUUCAAUGGGAGGCUGUGAGCAUGGAGGAUACAAGCACAUUAUGAGCACUAACGCAUCAUAGUUACAAAAUAUACAGUCAAGCAGUCCAUCAGGCAAUAAAUCUCAACGAGGAAUGUCUGAAGUAAUUCAGCAUUGAGUAACGUAAGGAUAAGUUGAAUUUUAUAUGGGCCAGUGCACACGCACUGACAUAAACACUUUUUUUCCUAGCCAUGCAGGCAGGUUAUGGAAGACUUGCCUGAACUCUCUUUACUCUGAGACAAUGAGUGAUUUAAAGUCAAGGGUGGAUAACCUAGCAGAAAAACUUUGUUGUAUUCUCAAAGUGCCGAGAUACAGGCUCCCAGACAGCUUGUUGUCAAGGUCUAUAGCCUGUUGAUUCCCUUGUGUUGUAACAGUUUUAGCCAGCUUUCAGGAUGCUUCCCUGUCUCCAGGCUGUCUGAAACAUUCAUUAAGCAUCAUUCUUAUUUUGAGUUCCUCCUAAAGGCACCUAUCAAAGUAAAUGUUUUAAAUAUAAAGCCAGUCAGUAGUUUAAAUCUACCAUAGAGAUCAGGUCUUCUCCUACAGUUUGCAUAUUUCGGUCACUGUUAGUUGACAGUGCAUAGAAUUAGAUGAUAGAUUUUUUAUAAAACUUUUUAAGCAAGAAGUUGAACUGCAGUUGUAGUAGAUAGAAAUUUAAAGGCAUUUUUUGUUGUUUGGUCCCCAUUCCUGUUAGAUUUCUCUUCUCGUACUGAUACUGAAGCAUGGCAUGGAGAAGUUGCUGUCAUUCAAAAGAGAGGUUAAACUAAGGUCCCACCUGCCUGAAUUAGUGAUAGUUAAGGUGGGUGUUAAAUUUCCUGCAGAACUUGUUGAAGAAAGGCAGGAUUUUAAUGUACAGUAGAUUCUCAGUUAACUGGAACUCAAGCAACCAGCAAAAAAAUAUCGAAGAAAUACAGUACAAUUUUCAUGUGUUGCACUUUCUAUUUCCCCAUGCAGAAACAUAUCUUAUGUUUUUAGAGUUUUAGAAUUUUAAAAAGAAAAUAUGAAUACAUUUUCUCUCUCCCCAACCUGAGAACAAGUCUAACCAAAUAAAUAGUAUAAGGUACACAUAUUAAUCAUUCCUAUUUUUAAUAGUAACUGUUAAAUAACCAGAAACUACAGUUAUCCGGCAUC